UCCGCCGCCAUUUCCCUCUCACCCUCCACCUACGCUCUAUAUCCAAUGAUAUUUCUUCUCCUAUGCUCGGUCUCCUCCCCGCGCUCGAGAUCCCGAUAACACCCUCGCUCAUCCCACAACCUUGCCUUUGCGCGUAACACGCCUAAACCUACCCUUUGAUCCUUCAACUCAGUGUGUUAGGGUUUUGAAUCUCGACAUUCAUAACCAUAGCCGCCACCAAUCUAUCGGGUCAUCUCUACACCCCACAAUCCUUCUAUCACUACUUGGCAUCCCUCCACGCCGCUGAUCCCAGUUACAGUUGGCUGGAGCCAUACAAAGAAUUUAAGAGCAGGAUUUGUCGUAAUAUUUGGAAGAUAAGCUGCUCGAUGAAUACUCGUCGGAAGAAAGCCGACAACAUUGCGGUUCCUCCUAAAGUUAGAAUUAGCACUCGCAGCAGAAUGUCAAACGUAAAUGAUAUGGCUUCCUUGGAAACAAACCACACUACAGUUCCAAGAGAAAUGGCAGGACAUUGUGUGGAACGUACCUUUGAAUUAACCGUGGCGUCGGACGAGGGGAUUAAUCUUUCCGUGGAUCUAAAUUCCAAUUUAUCAGAGUGGAUUAAAAUAUAUUCACAACAAAGUGUUGAUGGUUUUAGAGAGGCUCAACUUGAAGUUCCAAUAGAAAAUGCAGAGGUAGAAGGAAUGGCUGUGGAAGACCAUAUAGGUUGUGGUGACAUGUUACCAGUUGCUAGAGUGGCAGAAUUUAAAGCCCGAGUAGAAAAUGAAGAGAUGGAAGAAGUUUUGAUGGAAGAAGAAAUAGGUUUUGCUGACCAGUUGACAGUUACUGAAGGGACCCAACUUACCCUUAGCAGUGACAAACAUGAAUCCCGUGUGAAAACUGAGCUAGUGGCUCAAAAAGUAGUAAUGGAAGAAGAUAUCGAUUGUGACGAUAAGUUGCCAAGUUCAAAUCAAGUGCCGAUCACACAUGCCAAUGAAGAUGCUGGCUUUACAAACCAUUCCCCAGAUGAGGUCUUGAACCACACAAACUCAAUGGUACCACCUAUUGCUUCGGCAACACCUGUUGAUGAUGUGAUGGAGGAUGCUGCUUUGGAAAGCCAAAUCAUGGAAGUGCCUGAGAAGUCAGGCGGCGUCAGUGAGAACGACAAUGAUGAGAUGAAUGAUUUUCUGCAACCAAUUCUGAAAAUACGGGAUACUAUUCUUCAUAAGGAACACAUACUUCAAGACCAGAGUGCUGAAUGUGAUAUGGACAUGCAUAAUAUCUUGACUGAAGGGAAAAUGACGCCUAAAGUGGUGGCAAUAAUGGAAAAGUAUAAGGGAACCGGCUCAAUGAUGGUGGAAGCUGCCAAUCCAUCUUGCUGUGGAGAUGGCGGCAAAACCACGAGCAAUAAGAGGAAGAGCUUGAAGGAGUUACUCGAACGCAAUAAGUGCCAGGAGCUUAACGAGAUCUGCUGUGACAUGAAGUGUAUACCCCCGAGAUACACGGUACUACCUUCACUAAAAGAUGGAACAUUCAUUGCCAUUGUACAUUUUACAUGCCCUGGUUAUGACAUGAACAUCACUGGUGAUCCUCGUCAGACCCCAGAUGGGGCGAGGUGCUCUGCAGCUGCCAAUCUGAUAACAGAGCUUCACAAGAAGACAGUGGAAGAAGAACAAGCAUGAAGGUGAUGCAAAAUUUCCUAGUUAAAAUCCCAAAGUUGGGAACGGCAGGCAGCUGGAACCACCAGCAGUCAUUGCACCUUGUCCAAGCUAUUUUGCCUCCCAGAGGUUGACUCAUCGUGUUGCUCCAGUUGUAUGUGUUGUGGAUUUUUAUCUUGAGUAAUUUUGUUUUGUGGAUUUUUAUCAGGGCAAUGUUGUAUCGUGGUUGUGAACAAUUUCGUGAUGUGAGAUUAUCGUGAAAAUUCUAAAAUA